AUGGCGCCAUCGCCCAGGACCAGCAGCCGGCAAGAUGCGACCGCCCUGCCCAGCAUGUCCUCAACUUUUUGGGCGUUCAUGAUCCUGGCCAGUCUGCUCAUCGCCUACUGCAGUCAGCUGGCGGCCGGCACGUGUGAGAUUGUGACCCUGGACCGGGACAGCAGCCAGCCUCGGAGGACGAUCGCCCGGCAGACGGCUCGCUGCGCCUGCAGGAAGGGGCAGAUCGCGGGCACCACGAGAGCCCGGCCCGCCUGCGUGGACGCUCGAAUCAUCAAGACAAAGCAGUGGUGUGACAUGCUCCCGUGUCUGGAGGGCGAAGGCUGUGACCUGCUGAUCAACCGGUCAGGCUGGACGUGCACACAGCCCGGCGGGCGGAUAAAGACCACCACGGGAGCCCUGGCGGGCCGUCCAGCCAUGUGUCCAGGGGGCCUAGCUCCCACAGCUGCUGAGGAGAGCACAGUUUGGGCCCCUCGGGGGCACAUUCUGAGGACGGGCCGUCUGUUUGUGGGAAUCAGGUGGUUCUGCAUUGACGGCAGAUGUGAGCUGCUGAGGCCGCGAGCGGCAUGUGCCAGUGGCGAUCAGGACGCCAUGAUCGGUAGUCGCUUUGCCACACUUUGUAACGCGCCCGUGCCCGGGGCAGACAUGCAGGAGGAGGGGCACCUGUGGCCCUGUGUGCCGGGCCCCGAGCGCGUUGGGCCCCAAGUGCUGGACCCUGAGCGCUGUGCCCAGAGUGCCAGACCCUGA